UAACAGUAAGGUAUGAGCGGAUUAACGGGGAUUAACGGGACAACGAUCGCCAACCUUGUCGGGACAGUCAGUGUUGUGAUGGCAGUGACUGCGACAGGAGGUGUGUCGACACGUCCCUGCCGCUUGAAUGUGAGAGUGAUCUUACAUUUCAGAAGUGGGAUCAACUCUGCCGCAGAAGGAAGUGGAAGGAGUUCUAAGGUGAUGCAGACAUAAAGGAAAAAGGUAGGCGAUUAGGAAAUAAAUAGAAAAUCGCGGAAUAAAUAAAAUGGCGGCAAAGAGGAGCGGGAAGCAGAAGAGCGGGAACGGGAAAAUGAUGUAAAAAAAUAGAGAUUUUUUUUUCUCUUUCUCUCUGCAAUUGAGCAAGUUUUUUUUUUUUCUUUUAGGGAUAGAAGUAAGGUAUAAUAUGAAGAAAAUAAAAAUGUGAGUAAGUUAACAGGGAAAUAAAAUAAAGAAUUAUCUUGUUAAUGCAUGCAAAAUGAAGGUUGUUUCGAGAGGUGGUAUCGGGAAACGGGAAUUGCGCGAAUGCACUCGGGUGUGUUCGACAUCAGUCGGUACCGCACCAAGUGAAAUGUCAAUUGAUUGUCGUUAUUGUCAUUGUGGAAUACGCGAAAAAGAAAUAAAAUAAAGGCGAAGUGCGUGAAAUUAGAUAAAAUAACAGGAAAAAGUGAGUUUCAAAAGGAAAGUAGAAGAAAAAUCAGAGAAGGAAGCGAGGGAAGUUAGAAUGGAUGAAAGAGGAAUCGAUUUGGAAGGAGAACUCCGGGAGUACGAUGAAGAAGCAAUGGGAGGAGAUGAACAGGGAGAAGUGAUUAAACACUACAGGCAAAAGAUCCGUGAAUUGGAAAAGGAGAAUGAAGCGCUCAAACGGGGCACAUCCUCAUCAAGUUCAAGGGAAGUGGGAACAUUCCGGCUGGCGGGAGGGGAAAUUAAAGAUUUAAUCCCGGCGUUCCGACCUGGGGAAGAUGAGACAACCACAGAAGAGUGGAUUGAGAAUCUAGAAUCCAUGCGGGAGAUCUAUGAAUGGACCGAUCAACAAGUUCUGCUGUAUGCGUCAAUUCGGCUCAAAGGAGCCGCAAAGAAGUGGCAUUCAACCACGAAGACGAGAACGUGGGAUGAAUUCAAGUGGGAACUAAUGAAAGCUUUUCCGGAGAAAAUUAAUGUAGGGAGGAUAAUUGAAGAGAUUCAAGGGAGAAAGAGGAAGGGAGAUGAAACCGUAACCGAGUACUUCUUUGAAAUGAGACAGAAAGGGAAAAAGAUAAAGCUGGAUGAUGCGACGAUCGCAAAGUACAUUAUAGCAGGACUGGGAGAUGAGAAAUUGAUCGGUAUGGUGGCCGGAGCUAACUACGACUCCCCACAGGAAUUGCUCCAGAAAAUCAAAGAUGCUGAGGAUAUUCGUAGAGCCAUGAGAAAACACGAAAGUGGCGAAUCAGGGGGGAAAGAAAAGGGAGAAAAGAACGAUGCACGGCCUGAACAAGAGAGCCAGGAUGGGAAUCAGGUGCAGAAAGUAUCUUGCCACAAUUGUGGGAAAGUUGGUCAGAUAGCCAGAGAAUGCCAUGAAAGGGAAGACAAACAGCGAGACAUGAAGGCAGAAAUCACGUGCUUCAAAUGCAACGAGAAAGGUCACAUAUCAAGAUUCUGUGGCAAAAAGGAGAGAGACUCAAAGAUGAUCCAUAUGGGCAACAUGAGAAUAAUUGAAGUUGAGAAAAAGGAAAAUCCAAACUACAAGGAGGUGAAAAUCAACGAGAAAAAGCUCUGGGCUUACAUUGAUCAAGGGAGUGAUUGCACCACAAUCAGAAAAUCCGAUGUAGAAGCUCUGGGGGUAGAGAUAAAUCCGAGAACGACAACGCUGAGAGGAUUCGCAGGACAAUGCCAGACCGUGGGGCAAACGGAAGUAUGGGUUACGAUUGACGAGGUGCGAAGGCAAACAACCGUCCAUGUCGUACCAAAUGAAGCUCAAGACAUUCCAGUGAUUGUCGGCCUUGAUAUUCUGGGACAGGAAGACAUACGAGUCGUCAGACAAGGCAAAACGAUGCAGAUAGAGGAUGUCCGGAAGGAUGCAAACGAGAAGACAAUUUGAAUUGUUAUAAAAAUAAAUUAAGCAACGUGCAAAUAAAUUGGUGGAGGUAAAACAAUAUUUUUUUUUUACAAUUAAAACUAUAGGGAAUAUUUAAUGUAAAUUCAGAGUCGUGAGCGAACAAACAUAACAAGGGAUGUGGCAAAAGGUGUAUAGGGUAAGUACUAAUUUCAAUCAAACAAUAUUACAACUGAUAUGUUAACACAAGUAGAUGACAAAGGGAGAUUGUUCCAACAGAAUCGGAAAGUCAGCUCAUUAUCUAAAUAUUGUAGUGAAAUCUUAGAAUAGGGAAGGUUAAAGUAGUCUGUUAGCACUUUUUAAUUGAAUUUCUAAAUAGCAUAAAUACGUUGAUUUUCGAGGUAGUGUUUAAGAGACAAAUGAAUAAGGUAGAGUAAAAAAAAAUUGAGUUUAAUGAAGAAGAGACUAUAAAGAGCUUACACUGAAACACCCUUGGUUAAGUCCGAGACGUGUCCAGAAAGUUAAAGUCAAUAGAGAAAUGCAAGCAAGGCAAGAAUGAAAGUUGGGUAAAGAGAAGAGAUUGUGAGAGAAUUUCAUGCUGAAACACCCUUGGUUGAGUCCGAGACGUGUCCAGGAAGAAGUUAGAGACAAUAGAGGAAAUGCGAGAGGCGAAAAUUGAAGUUGGGUGAAGCAAAGAUUGCGAGAAAACUUUAUACUGGAACACCCUUGGUUAAGUUCAAGACGUGUCCAGAAAGAAGUUGGAGGAAUAGAGGAAUGUAAGAGAGGCAAAAUGGAAGUUGGUUGAAGUAUAGAUUGCGAGAAAGCUUCAUGCUGGAACACCCUUGGUUAAGUUCAAGACGUGUCCAGAAGAAGUAGAAGGCAAUGAAGAGAGAAGCAAGAGAAGAUGAGAGUUGGUCGAAGUAGAGAUUACGAGGAAACUUCAUGCUGGAACACCCUUGGUUAAGUUCAAGACGUGUCCAGAAGAAGUAGAAGGCAAUGAAGAGAGAAGCAAGAGAAGAUGAGAGUUGGUCGAAGUAGAGAUUACGAGGAAACUUCAUGCUGGAACACCCUUGGUUAAGUUCAAGACGUGUCCAGUAGAAGUAGAAGGAAACGAAGAGAGAAAAUUGAGAGUUGGUUGAAGCAGAGUCUGAUGAGCGUCAAUCUGUAACACCCUUGGUUAAGUUCAAGAUGUGUGCAGAAGAAGUCGAAGCCAAUAAAAAGAGAACAAGGAAGAUUGAGAGUUAGUUGAAGUAGAAUGUGUGAAUGAGCGCCACUCUGGUACACCCUUGGUUAAGUUCAAGACGUGUCCAGAAUAAGUCGAAGCCAAUGAAGAGGGAAGUAAGAGAAAAUUGAGAGUUAGUUGAAGCAGUAUCUAUGAAUGAGCGUCAUAGCAUCUGAUGUCAGGAGUGGCCGAGGGGUUGAAAAACGGUAUUGAAACAGGAACCAAUAAACGGAUUAGAAGUGUACUCAGUGUUAGAGAAAGAGUAGUGAAAGAAAGGAAUUUUGUAAUGUCCUGUAGGAAAGAAAUAAAAAGUUAGGUAGAGUUGUAGGAUGCAGGAACAACGACGAUCAGAUAGAGACAGAAUAAUUAUUAAGGAGACAGGUUGAAUUGAAGAUCCGGUUUACGGCGAAUAAUGAGAGUUAGAGCACAGUUCAAAAGAUGGCAACAAGAGGGGUACAAGAAUACAUGAGAAUGGAGGAAGAUAAGACGAGCAAGGAAAGAUCUAAGGGAGUUAGGAAUAGUACGAAGCAAGAGAAGUUCUGGGAGGCAAUUAGAACGAAUGUAGAAGCGAGAAGAUAAGAUGACGAAUGACGUCAAGGUCGCUGAGGGCAGCUCCCGAAGUCAGGAGUGGCCGAAUGUAAGGUUAACAGUAAGGUAUGAGCGGAUUAACGGGGAUUAACGGGACAACGAUCGCCAACCUUGUCGGGACAGUCAGUGUUGUGAUGGCAGUGACUGCGACAGGAGGUGUGUCGACACGUCCCUGCCGCUUGAAUGUGAGA